CAGAUCAUGAGCAACUCGGCCCCCACCACAGCUGUGCCGCUCUGCUACGAGCACCUGAACGGAUCCUGUGUGAAAACCCCCUUCUCGCCUACAUCCCGGGUGAUUCUGUACGCGGUAUAUGGCUUUGGGGCUGUGCUGGCCGUGUUUGGAAACCUCCUGGUGAUGACUGCCAUCCUGCAUUUCAAGCAGCUGCACUCCCCAACCAAUUUUCUCAUCGCCUCUCUGGCCUGUGCAGACUUUCUAGUGGGAGUGACUGUGAUGCCCUUCAGCAUGGUCAGGUCCGUGGAGAGCUGCUGGUACUUUGGGCGAACUUUCUGCACUUUUCACACCUGCUUUGACACAGCAUUUUGUUACUCUUCUCUCUUCCACCUGUCCUUCAUCUCCAUCGACAGGUACAUUGCUGUGACUGACCCCCUGGUCUAUCCCACCAAGUUCACGGUGUCUGUGUCAGGGGUCUGCAUCAGCAUCUCCUGGAUCCUGCCCAUCACUUACAGUGGUGCCGUGUUCUACACGGGUGCCCAUGAGAAUGGGCUUGAGGAAUUGUCUAGGGCCCUCAACUGUGUAGGAGGCUGUCAGACAUAUCUAAGAAAUUAUAUCUUAAUAUUUUUAAGUAUUUUUACGGUUUUCUUUCAGCAGAUCAUUAAGAUGUUCCAACUCUUCUUGUCUAUAUUAAUUACGUGCUUUCUUUAA